CUUCUUUUCUUUUCUUCUCUUUCUCUCUUUCAUUCAUUUACCUUCCUCGAUAACCAACUCCUGCUCUUACCAUACUUACCAUAUAAAACCCAUUCAAACACACCAUGGACUUCACCGACAAUGACACAAAGGCUAUCAACACCAUCCGUGUGCUUGCUGCUGACAUGGUCUUCAAGAGCCAGUCAGGACACCCUGGUGCUCCCAUGGGUUGUGCCCCGAUGGCCCAUCUCUUGUUCUCGCGCUUCAUGAACUACAACCCCAAGAACCCUCUGUGGCCAAACCGCGAUCGAUUUGUCUUGUCAAACGGACAUGCCUGCGCGUUGCAGUACAUCCUGCUCCACUUGACCGGAUAUCCCACCACGAUGGACGAUCUGAAGCAGUUCCGCCAGCUCAACAGCAAGACACCCGGACACCCCGAGUCCCAUGUUACUGUCGGCAUUGAGGUCACCACGGGUCCCCUCGGACAGGGUUUCGGAAACUCCGUCGGUCUGGCGAUUGGAGAGGCGCACAUGGCUGCCACCUUCAACCGCCCUGGCUUUGAGUUAUUCAACAACUACACCUACGUGUUUCUUGGCGACGGAUGCAUGCAGGAGGGUGUUGCCAGUGAAGCUGCUUCGCUUGCGGGUCAUUUGCAAUUAGGUAAACUCAUUGCUCUGUAUGACGACAACCACGUCUCAAUCGAUGGCGAUACCAAUGUCUCCUUCACAGAGGACGUUCCCAAGCGCUUCGAGGCUUACGGCUGGCAUGUUCAGGUUGUGGAUGAUGGAAACUCCGACCUCAUUGGCCUUACCCGCGCCAUCGAAGAGGCCAAGAAGGUCACCGACAAGCCCUCGCUCAUUAAGGUCCGGACAAUCAUUGGAUUCGGUUCCUUGAACGAGGGCACCGAGAAGGUCCACGGAUCUUCCCUCAAGGAGGAUGAUAUUACUCAGUUGAAGAAGGCCUUCGGAUUCAACCCCGAUGAAAAAUUCGUUGUGCCCCAGGCGACCUACGACCUGUACCAUACCAAGGCCGCUAAAGGAGCCAAGGUGAACGACGAGUGGAAUGAACUCUUCGAAAAGUAUAAGAGCGCCCACCCAGAAUUAGGAGCGCAAUUGAAGCGUCGCCUGGAAAACAAUCUGCCCGAGGGCUGGGCCAAGGCACUCCCACGCUACACUCCUGCCGACAAGGCCACCGCUACCCGCAAGUUGUCCGAGGCUGUCUUGAACAAGAUUACCGGUGUUAUUCCAGAAUUGCUUGUAGGAUCCGCUGAUUUGACUGGAUCCAACUUAACCCGCUGGAAGGACGCUGUAGACUUUCAGCCCGAGAGCACAGGCCUCGGCAACUAUGCCGGCCGCUAUUUCCGUUUUGGGGUGCGCGAACACGGCAUGGCGGCUGCUAUGAACGGCAUGAAUGCCUAUGGCGGAAUCAUCCCUGCCGGCGCUACCUUCCUUAACUUUAUCAGCUAUGCUUCCGGUGCUGUUCGUUUGGCUGCCCUUUCUGGCCACCAAGUCAUCUAUAUCAUGACCCACGACUCUAUCGGUUUGGGAGAGGAUGGUCCCACUCAUCAGCCGAUCGAGACUAUGGCCACAAUUCGUGCUACUCCCCAUCUUGUUGAUCUGCGUCCUGCGGACGGUAACGAGACAUCUGGUGCGUAUUUGUUUGCGAUCGAGGCCAAGACUCGCCCUUGUGUCUUGUCCUUGACUCGCCAGGAUUUGCCACAGCUUGAGGGCUCUUCGGUCGAGAAGACACUGAAGGGAGGAUACGUCCUUCAGGAGGUCGAAGGAGCCGAUGUGACCUUAGUGGGCACUGGAUCCGAGGUCUCGCUUUGUGUUGAGUCUGCCAAACUUCUCAAGGAGCAAGGAAUCAAGGCCCGUGUCGUUUCUAUGCCCUCGACCAAGCUUUUCGAUGAGCAACCGUUCGAAUACAGGGCAUCAGUCUUGAUCGAUGGUGUACCAGCUGUGUCUGUGGAGGCACUGUCGACGUUUGGAUGGUCCCGCUAUGCGCACGAGUCAAUUGGUAUUGACACGUUUGGAGCAUCCGGUCCCUGGAAGGAUGUGUACAAGCACUUUGGUAUGGUCCCUGAUGUCGUGGCAGGCAAGGUCAAGAAGGCCGUUGACUUCUAUAAGAAAGAGGGCUCUGUUCCCUCGCUCGUGCGCAAGUAUUUCCAUUAGGAGAGCUCUUCAUGGCGCCAAACGUCCAGGCUUUCCCAGUCCUUUGUAGAGCAGACGAACGCACCCAUGCGUUCUGACUAAACGGCAUCUUGUACAUACAAAUAUGCAUCCCUCAACUUGAGGAUACACCUGAAUAAACUCAUGAAUAUCCGACUGCAGAAUAGAGGAACAUCGCAAAGGCAAAGAUCAUGAACGGAAGGUUGUCGAGGGUGUUUCCUAUGAAAAUUAUGCAUUUGUAGAGACGUCCAUUCUAUAGGCGUAAGGCUAUUGACCAUGCUACCCAUACUGCCCCUUACAUAGAAGCAUUGCCGAUCCUUUCCACCCCUCUUCUUUCUACUUGCUUCCUGUCAAUCCUCGCCCAGCAGUAUGUUUAUCGUCGUUAGAUAUUCAAUAAAGCGAAUGCAGGAAGGUGUUUGAG